CUGUGAGUUCCAGGGUUGCUGUUCAUAUUCAUAUGGGAUUGAAACACUGUCACUGCAAGAUGUUUGAGUGAUAGCGCAUACCUAGGUGGCUGCAUGCAGCAAGGACUCUCCGACGUUGUUAUAAAGAUGACACGGAAGCUGAUGAUCAUCGGCAAAUAAGUCCCAACUGUAAAUGAAUACAUCGACAACACUUGCUUCUCUCAGGACCCUACUCUUUCUUUUUGGUUUCCACCAAAUAAACUUUUUAGCAAGGUAAAAUUUGCUUGUACUUUGUUGCUCUGUGCUGUUUCAGCAAUAUAGAAAUCAAUGCAUGCUCUCUGCUGGUCGUAACGCGAUUCGGCUGGUUUUAUGUUUGGGUCGUGUUUGCAACAAAUAGAUCUUCUCUUCUCCAUACCGUUGCCCACCAUGAGAAACUCGGACUGCCCACCUUGGACAAAGUAAAAACUACUGUGCGCAAUCAGUAGCUAUUUCACGACGUUCCUAUGCGCAGCGACAUGAACUUGCUUCUGCAUGUUUUUCUGCUGACAACCGUGGUCCAUGCAGACCCGGUGCUGGGCUCCGUCGAUAGCCGGACGGUGUGCGCUCCCGCCGCCAUUCGCACGCCUCUGCAGAAGCUGGAACUGCAACUCUCCUGGCCAAGCACGGAGCCGCAGAGCGGCAUGCAAAAAUUCCAGGACCAGCUCGCCCUCUUCGCCGGCGCUACUAGCUCCAGAUCUGUCCCCUUCACCCUGUCCGCAAACCCCGUUCCCCGUGGGUUAUUGUGUAGGCUGCUCUUCAAGCACGCCCACUACUACGUCACGAAGGUUUUCGCGCCCUUUCUGUGCGAAGACUGCCACGACGGCUGCGCACCGAGUUGCGUGGCGUACCCAGUGUACAAGGAGGACAGCAGUAGUGCGCAGCAGCAGCGGAGUAGGACGACCGCACCAGGCACGGCCUACUAUGCGGAAGACGAAGCAAGACCCGAGCCGCAUGCGGAGCCCAUAAAGCAGGCUUGCGAGGUGAACAGUCCCGCACAGUGCUUGUUUCUGGAAUCCACGAAAGCGAAUCUGCCGAGAAAUUUGAAAGCAGAUUGGGUCAUCCAGAUUGAUCACCUGCGGGUCUUCCUCCUCUUCAGCGGCAUUUUCUCCGUCCUUUUCUACAAAACCCUUGGGCGGUCGCAAGUGGUGCACUGGGCGCUGGGCGGAGUGUUGGGGUUGCUGCUGUUCGCGAGCGUGGUGAUGUACUACGCGUUCCGGUCGACCAAGAACGCGCUGCCGUUUGGGCAGAAAACCUUCGCCAUCAUGAACAUGAUGGUCAUUCUUGCGCCAACAAUGGGGUUGUACGCAUGGCAGACAAUGCUCCCGUCCUUCCAAAUGGUGCAGCAGCUCGUCGUCACAGUGGCCAGUUUGCAGGACCCGUAUUGACGAAUUUGUCAUAUUUAUAGCGGCGCCACAUUAAUUUUAAUGGGGUUUCAUCUUUUUUUUGGUCUUUCUUUGUUUAACUAAAGUAUUUGGAACACCACCAGAAGAAGGCACUUGCCCUAAAACGACACGACAACACAGGUACUACGAGUUUCCAGUAGGUGCGGUCGUGGUUGGCCUUGCCCUGUUAAGCGGCAUCAUGUUCGGGCAGUACGUGUUCGGCGUGAAAGAAACAGACAUCCCGAUGGGUCAAGACAUCGCAUUCACAAUCGCGAGCAACGGCGCCAGGAUAGACCACAUUCCCGAUGAAGACGACUCCAGCCGGGCGAGGAAGUUCCUGCAGUACGGAAUUUUCGUCUACGGCAUCAUAGCCGUGCUGAAGUCCACAACCGUGCCAGCUAUGAACAUCUUUAUCCUCUUUAUACUCCUCGCCUGGAACAGCAUUUGGCACAGUAUCGAGUCCUGCAGAAUGCGAAGAGAGGUAAAGAACGUGGUCGUACUUCCUUUCAUACUUACAUACGCUAUGGCUUGUUUCAGCAUUGCAACUGCAUUUGCAUAUAAUAAAUUAGGCCUUCGAACAAGGUGGAGAAGUUUCGACAUCGUGUAUGAACUUCGCACGAAAAUAACAGGUGGCGUCACAAGCGGAGAUACAUACCAGCUAUCUCUCGCCGAAAGAAUAUUCCAAACAGGCAAAGGCAAACACGCAGAAAGAACUAGAGAAGCUGCGCGCUUUUCUCACGUCGCAGGAUGGAAGAAAGCACAUAACAAACGUAUUCGACUGCUUUUGAUUCUUUGGUUUUUUGUGGUGUCGCAUUUUCUUUGAUUCUCGUGCUACUGACGAAGUCGAUCUCGAUGUGCAGCCAGCACUGAAAAUAAAAGCGUGUCAUUUUUUAAUGUGAAGUGUUUCCAUAGGUCCGAAAUAACGACUCGGAGCUGAAGGUGCGGAAAUUCGUGGACGGGGGGAACCAUGUCGAGGCGAACAUGGCAGAAGACGACGACGAGGACGGCGACAGACCAUGGUGGAAGUCUUGGUGAGCGCCUGCGCCGGCGCGAGCAGUGCGACUGCUCGACUGGCCUCUGCACCAUCGCCGCGCGCAUGCGCAAUUGGAAGGACUCCGGAAUCUUCACGAACGCGUGUGCCAUGCGUCUUGCAUGUUUUUUGCGCAUGAAAUUGUCCUUUGAUGACGACAGAAAUGCACCGAUGUUAUUGAAUCAAGAUGGCUCCCCUGCCAAGACGUAAGAUAUUUUCCCGCGGCGUGGUCCCCCCACGCAUGUUCCAUUGAAACGACACGACGCGACUCAUUCAUGUCUUUCUGUAUCACUGUCACGCGAAACGCGAAGCAGACAGAUACGAUAGCUUAUCCUGAUGACAAAGGAGAUGAUAGCUGGCUGCAGUUUCGCUUACUGCUCUCUGUACGUAGCUAUAUUAAUUUCGUCUCCGAGUAAGUAGUCGUCGACCAAGAACUUCAACUUCGUCCGUACAUGAGAAGGAAGAGAGCAGCUUUAUUGUGUCGGACGAGCAACAUGGACUGGAUUUGUAUUUGAUAUACUUUUUCGACGUGGAGCAGAACGAGGAGAAUAGAGAUGAGUAGAGAUACAGAUAAAAUCGCCUGAGUGCAGCUGUCGUUCGUGAAGAGGCCACGACAAGAAAAUGAUGAGACGAAAAAUUUGGUUUUUGUCCGAAUACUCGCGUCUCUCGUGGUCUUGUCUAGCGGGGAUCUUGGUAUUGCAUUCUAACUCGAGAAACCGAUAUCAGCACGACGUGGAAGCACAUGGAAAAGACAUCACUGAAAUUCAAUCAAAAACCAACAACUAGGACACGCAAGAUACCUUUGAGUGGUCUGACAGCUUCGAUUGUCAAGAGGACGUGACAGCUCGGGCUGAAGAAAGAAAUUCGAAGAAAAAUAAGCACACAAUAUUACGUACAACCGUAUAUUCAGAAUAGAAGCACUGUCACGACCAUGUCGUCCUCUGUGUCGAACCUCGUUGCAACUUUUUUCGUUGCCUCCUUGAAUCAGGUGUACAUCGUGUACGGAAACUUGAACCUGCACGACGCCAAGGAGCACCACGCUCCGGCAGCGCAGAUGGGUCGGUUUGGCAUCAAGGGUUCGGGCGCAGAGACUUACCUGGACAAUUCCGACGGCUCCACGGACACGCCCCCCGAGGAGGACACCUCCAGUGGCGACGAAAAGGCUCUGCAGCGACCCCGGGCUCUGCUGACCGACAAACACCCAAAGCACGCCGGGGGCGCGCGAACGGGAGUGGCCAAGACCAAGCGAGUCGGUAUAGGUGGUCUGUGGUGUGACGGUCCUCAAUAGAUAUUUUAAGCGAGCGCGACUUUGUUCUUUGUUGUCUCUUUAGCAUUCCCGGUAGGUUGUAGCUGCUUACACUUGAAUGACAAAUGAAAAUCAAGAAACCUAAAACUACAGGCAACAAGGCUCUGACGAUGAAGUCGGCUAACCUUGCCGGAUUGGAGGAGCCAUCGGAUUCCGAGGCCAAUUCCGAACCGUCGGAAAACUCGGAUGGCAUCGAGAUCUUUGGCGACGGUUCCGUGGCCGAGGACGAUGUCUUGGAUGGCCGACCGAGCUCCAUGCGCAUGGCUGGAAACACGGUGGAUCGGUUCGGAGACGCAGUGAAUGGUAUCUAUAGAUACAUAAUGAAUUCUUUUCACGUUCUAGGUCGUUCAUUUUCGUGCCAUGUUGUAGAUCCGCAAUGUUCGUGGUCUUUCCCAUGCCGGGCAAAUUGUUCAACCGGAAAAAGCUGCAAUCGUCUACCUUUCAAACACACCUCCCAGGUGAGCAAUACCUUUCGCUCGGCACAGCGAGCAUGCGAUGGGUGGAUCAGCGGGAGUUGGAGGAGGAAACCAAGCGGAUCGAAGAGCUUACCAUGCUGGAGGCGCGGACCAGUCACACAUCGGUAUUUUUUUUUCUUUGUUUUUGUUUGUAUGAAUCGUACGGCCGCCAAUGGCUUCGCAGCUAGCUUAGAAAAUUUGAAAUCAUACAUAGUACAGCGGAUGCGGAAGCAGUACGAUCGCGAUUGAAUCAAAACUGAAUGUCGCAGGUUUGGGCCGGUGUGUGCACCCUGGGAGUGAUGGCUUUGCUCGUGGGCGGGGGACUGUACUACCACAAGCAGACCACGUCGUCGAUCCUGGACGACGAAUUUGGAACGGAAUUGAAAAUGACGGAGCCCUGAGAGGAGAGUGGCGAAAAACGGUGACGCACGGUUUUUGAAAAAUAAUCAAAUUAAAACCAUCGGAAAACGAGUAUUUUUGCACUUUUUUGUUGAUGUAAAAAACCUAUACUCGUUGCAGUAUCGAUUCCUAUUCAGUCGUAACGCCUGUACAAAAACAAGGAAUUAUCUUGACAUUUCCGAACGUAUAAAUAUGACUGGAAUCCUCGCAACUAGUCGGUUCCUUCGGAUAGUACAACUGUAACACCUAACAUUGUAAGCUACGGUUUAUUUCUUGUAUGAUUUACUAGAAGACGCAACUUCUUGUACCACGUCGACCUAAACUUCACUCCGUCCCGCAAUGUACCUAUAAAAAAUGUUCGUAUCCACUAAAUUCGUUGACAACUACAGUGUAUCAAUUGUUCUUUCUGCUUGAUUGUAUUUGAGUAUCGCCACGUGCACGGCGAGUCUUUCAUCAUUUGUAUUUCAGCCUGUAUUGACGAGUUACGUUUCGAAGAAAGAAAUCCGACUUGAUGUUUCCUGUACAACGAACGCAAUCCUCAGUAU